GUGAAAUAAGUCAUCAAUUUCGACAAGACCUAGUUAAUCAUUCAAAUAAUCAAAUAUCUUUAGUAACUCGUGUUUUAUCUCAAACAAGCAGUGGGUUAGAAAAAGUUGAAAAAAUUGUUGAGGAUACACGUGAAAAUAUAAAAGCAAUUGAACGAGAUUUAAAAUCUAUGAAAAAUCUUGUAUUUAAACUUGAUCCAAGUUUUAUACCAGUUAUUAAGAACGUCAACAGCUAA